CAGAUCCCAGGGGACAGGGGCUGCCCUGGUCUGGGUGUCCUAAGGUGGCAAGCUCUUGGGGAAGGGAACAAGACAGGACGUGGGCACGUGUGGGCUCCAUCAGUUUCUUAACUGUUCACAGGAUUUUCAACUGGCCAGUCCCCGACUGCCCUCCUCAGCAUAGAGGCUUAGAGUUUCCUCCUGUGCAGGUGCCAUCCCGCCCUGUCACUGCGGACCUUCCAGCCUAGUCCCCUCCCCAGCCGGACCUAGUCCUGCCAGCCUCAGCUUUCACUGAGCUGCCCCCGCGGCGCGAACAAUAUCCUUUCUAUUUGGAAUUGACUCCGCUGCCCUUUGGAGAUCCCAGCGAGUAACGUGAGCUCCUGACAGGCGCGGGGGAGGCGCCGCGCGCCCGUCCCGUCGCGGCGUCUGGCCGGAGGUGGCCGCGCUGUCGCGUCUUCCCUCCGGCUGGGUGGUCUGACGCCCCUCGGCCAGGCGGCCCGCGACGCGACCGCAACCAAGAGGCUGCGGCGGCCCGAGUCAUGGCGGCCCGGCUGGGCGCUCUCGCCGCGUCGGGGCUGUACCGGCGGCGCCAGCACCGGCAGAGCCCGCCGCCCUCCGCGCUGGGCAACAUGUCCGACGCCUUGGCCAACGCCGUGUGCCAGCGCUGCCAGGCCCGCUUCAGCCCUGCGGAACGCAUCGUCCACAGCAGUGGGGAGCUGUACCACGAGCACUGCUUCGUGUGUGCCCAGUGCUUCCGGCCAUUCCCCGAGGGGCUCUUCUACGAGUUUGAAGGCCGGAAGUACUGCGAACACGACUUCCAGAUGCUGUUUGCUCCGUGCUGCGGAUCCUGUGGUGAGUUCAUCAUCGGCCGUGUCAUCAAGGCCAUGAACAACAACUGGCACCCAGGCUGCUUCCGCUGUGAGCUGUGCGACGUGGAGCUGGCUGACCUGGGCUUUGUGAAGAACGCGGGCAGGCACCUGUGCCGGCCAUGCCACAACCGUGAGAAGGCCAAGGGCCUGGGCAAGUACAUCUGUCAGCGGUGCCACCUGGUCAUUGAUGAGCAGCCCCUCAUGUUCAGGAACGAUGCCUACCACCCCGACCAUUUCAGCUGUACCCACUGUGGGAAGGAGCUGACUGCCGAGGCCCGUGAGCUGAAGGGCGAGCUCUACUGCCUGCCCUGCCACGACAAAAUGGGCGUCCCCAUCUGUGGGGCCUGCCGCCGGCCCAUUGAGGGCCGUGUGGUCAAUGCUCUGGGCAAGCAGUGGCACGUGGAGCACUUUGUCUGCGCCAAGUGUGAGAAGCCGUUCCUGGGGCACCGACACUAUGAGAAGAAGGGCCUGGCCUAUUGCGAGACCCACUACAACCAGCUCUUUGGGGAUGUCUGUUACAACUGCAGCCACGUGAUCGAGGGUGAUGUGGUGUCAGCCCUCAACAAGGCCUGGUGUGUGAGCUGCUUCUCCUGCUCCACCUGCAACAGCAAGCUCACCCUGAAGAACAAGUUUGUGGAGUUCGACAUGAAGCCCGUGUGUAAGAGGUGCUACGAAAAGUUCCCGCUGGAGCUAAAGAAGCGGCUGAAAAAGCUGUCGGAGCUGACCUCGCGCAAGGCCCAGCCCAAGUCUGUGGACCUCAACUCAGCCUGAGGGCUGCUGGCUACCCCACCCAGGGCCCGCCCCCUCCCGGCUUCCCUGGGACUGCUACCUUGGUUUACCCAUGCCCUCUCUCUUCCCUCCCCUUCUCCUCCUCUCUGCAUCCCUUCUCUCUUUGGCUGGGGCCUGCCUUUUUUUCUGUGCAGAGGCAGACCCUGGGGGAGAGAGCCUGUGACAGGCCCAGGUCCAUGCCUGGCAGUCACGCCAACCUGUGCCCAUGAGGUCAUGGCAGCUUCCAGCUAGCCUCUCCUGCCCUAUCCCUCCCACAGAGGUCCUGGUGGCAGACUCUCCUGUGAGAGCCUCUGCUCCAAAAUGUCCCUGCUGCAUGCAUGUUGCCACCUGGGGGACCACAGCCGGGGAAGUCCAUCUGACUCACUGGACCAGGCCAUGCAGAUGGAGUCUCAGGGGACACACUUCAGCCUUUCAACACUACUCAACCAAGUAUUAUUUUUGCACCCAAACCGAGCGAGCAAGUCCUGCCACACCCACCUACUAGUCACCUAGAGGGCCAGGACCCCACCCCACCACCCAGGAGGCCUUCCCAAAAUCCCACUGUGGCUGCCUGCUUCCGUUUCCCUUUCCCGUCCCAAAGGCUUUCAUUGUGCCCUUGGGUGGGGCUGGGGGCCAGUGGCCAGGGUGGCUUGUUCCAGGGAGGACACUUUUUCUGUGGCCAGUGCAGACCUGGUGUUGGGGCUCACGCUUGCACAAUGAAGGCUGUUCACACAA